CAACCGGAAGGCAGCCCGUGGUAGGAAGUAACGUGGAGCAAGCGGGAGGGGGAUUUAAGCUUAGUUCUUUGGCCUCCUCAAUUCAUAAUGUCCCUCCUCGUUAAUACAGGAGCAGUGUGGAACUAUGCAAGACCAACAUCUUCAACUUCCAAGAUUGCCACCCAGAACAGCAAUUGGAUAUUAAGAGGCUUAUUUGAAUUCAAACAGAAAAGAAUAUUUCAUCUUGCUGUGUAUGGAAGGCAUUCCUCGCUCACGUUUUGUGAUCUUGCAUUUUGCUUACUAUCUUUGCUAAAAAAAACCUCUGGACCAGAGUAGCCACAAGGUGCAGUAACCGGAGAAACCACAUGCUUCACACCCACAAAUAGAAGUGAAGGAAGGAAAUGGUACCUGUAGGUUUUCACAAAAGGAACCUUUGCAGUGCUGGAGCCUGAGGACAAAAGCAGGCAACAGGGGAAUUUAUGGUUCUGGAGAUUCACCAAGUCAGAGGUUGUUAACAAUUGUGAGUGCUCUGCUUACUGACAAGGAUUUUAACCUCUGAGAAAAAGAAAUAGAUUUCAUCACUGUUCUGUUAAUGAUGUAUGUGGAUUAAAAGAAGCGACUGUUGAUGAGUGAAAUAGCUGACAAGAAGGCAGGCAGACUGGAAGGGGGCAGCUGCCAAUGCGCCACGGAGGGCCAGCGGCUCAGCUGGAACUAUGGAGGAAAGGAGUAAUGAGAAGAUAAACCAGGCCCAUGUCCUCUUUGACCGAUUUGUCCAGGCCUCGACCUGCAAAGGGACUCUCAAAGCCUUCCAGGAGCUCUGUGAUUUUCUAGAGCUGAAGCCCAAAGACUAUCGUACUUUCUACCACAAGCUCAAGUCCAAGCUUAAUUACUGGAAAGCCAAAGCCCUUUGGGCCAAGUUGGAUAAGAGAGGCUGCCACAAGGACUACAAGAAGGGGAAAGUAUGCGCCAACACGAAGUGUCUCAUCAUUGGGGCUGGACCCUGCGGCCUUCGAACAGCCAUUGACCUAUCCUUUCUAGGAGCAAAGGUGGUGGUGAUAGAAAAGCGUGAUGCCUUCUCCCGCAACAAUGUUCUGCAUCUGUGGCCAUUUACCAUACAUGACUUGCGGGGCCUUGGCGCCAAAAAAUUCUAUGGCAAAUUCUGUGCAGGAGCCAUCGACCAUAUCAGUAUUCGUCAGCUCCAGCUGAUACUCUUGAAGGUCUCCUUAAUCCUGGGUGUUGAGAUCCAUGUCAAUGUGGAAUUCCAGGGGCUUCUCUACCCUCCUGAGGACCAGGAGAAUGAGAGGAUAGGUUGGCGUGCACAAGUUCACCCGAAAACGCAUCCUGUGUCGGAAUACGAGUUUGAUGUGAUCAUUGGAGGAGAUGGAAGGAGGAACACAUUGGAAGGGUUUCGACGAAAAGAAUUCCGUGGCAAGCUGGCGAUUGCCAUUACGGCAAACUUCAUCAACCGCAAUACAACAGCGGAAGCCAAAGUUGAAGAGAUCAGUGGUGUGGCCUUUAUAUUCAACCAGAAAUUCUUCCAGGAUUUACGAGAAGCUACAGGCAUUGAUCUGGAGAACAUUGUCUACUACAAAGAUGACACCCACUACUUUGUUAUGACUGCCAAAAAGCAGAGCUUACUGGAAAAAGGAGUGAUAUUGCAUGACUAUGCAGAUACAGAGCUCCUUCUUUCGCGGGAGAAUGUGGAUCAGGAAGCUUUGCUCAAUUACGCCAGGGAAGCAGCUGACUUCUCAACCAAUCAGCAACUGCCAUCGCUGGACUUCGCUAUCAACCACUAUGGGCAGCCCGAUGUGGCCAUGUUUGACUUCACAUGCAUGUAUGCCUCGGAGAACGCAGCCAUGGUUCGAGAAGUAAAUGGCCACCAGUUGCUAGUGGCAUUGGUUGGGGACAGUCUGUUAGAGCCAUUCUGGCCAAUGGGAACUGGAAUUGCCAGGGGCUUCCUUGCCGCCAUGGAUUCUGCCUGGAUGGUACGAAGCUGGUCUCUGGGAACAAGUCCUUUGGAGGUUCUUGCAGAGAGGGAGAGCAUCUAUAGAUUAUUGCCUCAGACCACCCCUGAGAAUGUGAGCAAAAACUUUAGCCAGUACUGCAUUGACCCUGUCACACGGUAUCCAAACAUCAAUGUCAACUUCCUGCGACCAGCCCAGGUACGUCAUCUGUAUGAUACAGGAGACUUGAAAGACAUUCACCUGGAAAUAGAGAAUUUGGUGAACUCCAGGACACCAAAGUUGUCGCGGAAUGAGUCGGUGGCUCGCUCUAGCAAACUCCUGGGCUGGUGUCAGAGGCAGACGGAUGGAUAUGCCGGUGUAAACGUAACAGAUCUUACAAUGUCUUGGAAGAGCGGCCUAGCGCUGUGUGCCAUUAUCCACCGAUAUCGCCCUGACCUCAUAGACUUUGACUCUCUAGAUGAACACAAUGUAGAGAAGAAUAACCAGCUGGCAUUUGACGUUGCUGAGAAAGAGUUUGGGAUCUCUCCCAUCAUGACUGGCAAAGAUAUGGCAUCAGUUGGUGAACCAGACAAGCUGUCCAUGGUCAUGUAUCUCACCCAGUUCUACGAAAUGUUCAAGGACUCCCUUCCUUCUGGUGAUAACCUGGAACUGAAUGCAGAAGAAAAAGCUGCAUUAAUUGCUACCGCUAAAUCUCCAAUCUCCUUCUUCAGCAAAUUGGGGCAGAGCAUCUCUCGGAAACGGACACCAAAGGAUAAAAAGGAGAAGGACCUGGAUGGUGCAGGAAAGAGGAGGAAGACAAGCCAGUCAGAAGAUGAGGACUCUUCCCGAAGCUACCGAGAAGAGAGGCCCACUCUGGUGAGCGCCCUGACAGAGAGGAGAAUUGAUGCCACCAUUGGGAAUCAGAAUAAAGUGAAGUCCAUGGCAACACAGCUGCUGGCCAAAUUUGAGGAGAAUGCCCCCGCACAGUCCACAGGCAUCCGGAGACAGUCUGCCCAGCCUUAUCAAGACCGUGCUCUCACCCAGCCAGCCUACCGACAGCGAGAGCAGGGCCGCUUUGCCCCCAUGCCUCAGUGGAAACAGAUGAGGAAAAAGGAGCGUUCUCGGACCUGCCCCAAAAAAGUGAUCAUGCUCUCUUCUUCUUCCAUUUGCACUUCCUCUCCAUCGUACCCCAGUCAGCAGGCAAACAGGGAACCUCAUGGAGAACCAGCUGGAGAGCAGAGUCCCAGACAGCAGCGGAGACCUCACCAGUUCUUUUCAGAUGACCGUGUGCCAGAGCGCACGCUUACCAUUGAGCAGAGGGCAAGCCAGCUGGCUGCCCUCCUGGAGCAAAGGCCAGCAACCAGGCAUCAGCCAGAGAUUGAGCGAUCUCGUCGAUCUGUUGUUGAGCAGUGGGAGCUCUCCCGCAACCUCCGCUCUUCCAGUCGCCCUUCUUCUCCCUCUUCUGACUCCCUCAGACAGAAGUAUAUAAAGAUGUAUACAGGUGGCGUGAGCUCAUUGGCUGAGCAAAUAGCCAAUCAGCUUCAAAGGAAAGACCAACCCAAAACCCUUCUAGACAAGAAGGAACUGGGUUCCUUGAAAAAAGAAUUCCCUCCGAAUGUGGGAGGCAGUGAUGUCUGCUACUUCUGCCACAAGCGUGUCUACGUGAUGGAAAGACUGAGCGCUGAAGGCAAAUUCUUCCACCGCAGCUGCUUCAAAUGCGAAUACUGUGCUACAACCCUGCGCUUGUCUUCUUAUGCCUACGACUUGGUGGAUGGAAAAUUCUACUGCAAGCCUCACUACUGUUACAGACUUUCAGGUUAUGCACAGAGGAAGAGACCGGCAGUGGGCCCUCUGUCAGGAAAGGACAGCAAAGGGACCCAGCAGGACAACAUGGCGGCUGACGGUGCAGGACGUGCAAACUCCAUCUCAACUUCGUCAGAGAGGACUCCAGUUCCCAGUGUAAAUGGCGUAGAGGAACCCAGUAUUGCAAAGAGACUGCGUGGCACACCAGAGCGGAUUGAACUGGAGAAUUACCGUCUCUCGGUACAACGGGAAGAGGAGUUGGAAGAAGUCCCUGAGGAGACCUUGGCAGAGCACAACCUGAGCAGCGUGCUAGACAAAGGAACAGAAGAGGAUGUACCCAGCAGUAGUUCAGAAUCUGAGAUGGAAGAAGAAGAGGAGGAGGAAGAAGAACAGCCACAGCAGCCCACUUCUGACCUGGGUGGUGUGCCUUGGAAAGAGGCUGUGCGGAUACAUGCCAUGCUGAAGGGCAAGAGUGAGGAAGAGCUGGACACAGAGAAGAAUCAUGACAAUGAAGCAGAGGAGGAAGAGGAAGAAGAAGAGGAGGAGGGGGAAGAAGAGGAAGAAGUCUCUAGUGAAGAGGGAGAGUAUUACCCUUGGGAGAGAGAACUUCAGCAAGGCCUCUGGCUUCAACGUCUCUCAAAUGAAGAGGACACGGGUACAUUUAAAGCUGGAAACCUGAGGCUGCAGCAGAUAGUAAAUCCGAUUGAUCCACUGGAGAUCUUGGCAGAUGUGCAUUGGACACACAUCCGUCAGAAAGAGGAGGAGGAAAAACUGGGCCCUACUUCUAAGUCCUCCACCUCCAGAGCAUCGGACCUUCCCUCCAUACGCCACGAGGCAGUGCAGGCGUGGCUGGAAGCAGUCCCAGGAGCCCUGUGUGAGGAGAACGACUAUGAAGAUGAGGCAGGCACCGAGCCUGCAGAAGCUAUUGAAGAUGGGGACACAGGUGCAGAGUUGGAUGAUGAUGACAUCCCAUCUGAUGCAGAAGCAGAGUGCCGCUUGCAUCAAGAAGAGGCAGAAGAACUGGAGCUGAAAGUCUCUGAAAAGAAGAAGGAAGAAGAAGAAGAGACAGCUGCCCCUUCUGUUGAGACAGAAGACCCUUGCAAGCUCUGUCUGCCUGAUCAGUCACCGUGUGAGAGGGCUGCUCUGCCGACUCCAGCUGAAAACCACAAGGAAGAAGAAAAAGAAGACUCAAAGGAGCUUCUUGCAACAGCGCCCUGCAAAGACGAAUCCCCCGAUGUACGGUUUUUCCCUGAACCGUUCCUCCCAGGAGAGGAGGCGCAAGUCAAGAUCUCUGAUGACCAAAAAGUCAAAAGCCCACCUGCACCACUCUCUCCAAUACGGUCCCAGCCAGUUGCAAUGCCUGAGACCAUCACACCAACAUCACCUGUGAAAUCGCAGCCAGCAACUCCUGCAGCACCUGCAUCUCCACCUGCCAGCCCCUUGCCUAUUUGUUCACAGCCUUUACCUUCUGGUGAAGCAUCCAUUCAAUCUCCAGGGGAACCUGUGUGUUUCCAACCAGUCCCAGCCUUAACCUCCACUCCUUUGGCCAAGCUUGCCCUAAAAAAUCAAGAUGGAGAGAUGGAAAAAUUGGGGAGCCCUACCACAGCAGAAGAAGCUUUGAAAAGGAAUAAUCUUGUGGAGGAGUUCUGGAUGAAGAGUGCUGAAAUCCGGAGGAGUUUGGGUCUCACCCCUGUGAACAGAAGCAGGGGACCAGAGCCAAGCUUUACCAUUUCCCCCCUUGAGUCUGCCCCCCUGAAAACAUACACCCCUGAGCGUAUUUCAGAAGAGAAGGGGAUCCACAUUGUAAAACCUCAGUCAAAGAAGCCAGUCACAGCAAAGCUAGACAGUGAGCAGUUUUCUUUGCUGACUCCAAAGUCCCCAUCAGAGAGAGAGUUGAAAAAUUUGAGUGAUGUUAAGAGAGAGCUGUCCAGCAGUUCUGGACUGGGUCUUCAGGGCAGUUCAUCAAACAUGAGAACAUUGGCCAGCCAGAGUUUCAACACUUCCGAUUCCACCAUGCUCACUCCUCCAUCCAGCCCUCCUCCUCCACCACCUCAAAACGAAGAGCCAGCAACACUACGGAGAAAAAGGCACCAGGCAACUUGGCAGAAUGAGGCUGAGUCUAAGCCGGCUUCUAUGCAAACACCUCACCCGCCACCAGCAGCCAAUGAAAGGAUCCGGCCAGCCAGGGAGCCAUCCCAGCCCUCCAGAGAGGAGGUACGGAAAUCAUUUGUGGAGAGUGUAGAUGAGAUACCAUUUGCCGAUGACGUGGAGGACACUUACGAUGAGAGGACUGAGGAUUCGAGCAUCCAUGAAAAAUAUUACACGCCCCCCAGUAGGCCGAGGCCAGAGAAGUCUCUUCACCUACAUUUUGUUAAGGAGAAUGGUGGGCCACCAUCAAUGGAAGGGGGGAGCCAGCAAAAGAGAGGCCUCCCUCAAGUCUCUGCAGAAGCGAAGGAGCUAGCGGAGGAAAGAAUGAGAGCCAGAGAGAAGUCCAUCAAGAGCCAGGCCUUACGCGAUGCCAUGGCUAAGCAGCUAUGCAAGAUGAAAGAGCUGGAGAUGGCCAAUGCUGCUGGCGCUGCCAAGUUGCACAAGGCAUCUACCAUGCCUUCAAAGACCAAAGAGCUGUAUUUUGAAUCCCAGAAGCAUUUGGGUAUGAAAGCUGGCGAAGGCCCCACGCUGAAACACGAGGCUAGUAGUGACAGGUUCUUUUCACCCUUUGCAGACACCAGUGGGCAUGAUGGGUCAGUCACAUCCUCAGAAGGCUCUGGAGGGAAGAGUAAGAAAAGGACUUCUCUCUUCUCCCCCCGCAAGAACAAAAAGGAGAAGAAGUCCAAGAAUGACAGCAAGCUCUCUGACAAAUCCAGCAGUGCGGCUGAGGAAGCCACGAAGCCCAAAUCACUGUGGAAGUCUGUGUUCUCUGGCUAUAAGAAAGACAAGAAGAAAAAGACAGAUGACAAAUCCUGCCCUAGUACACCUUCCAGCGGGGCCACAGUGGAUUCUGGGAAGCAUAAGGCGUCUCCAAUAGUUAGAGCAGCAGAUUUGCAACUACGUCGACACUUAAGCUUCUCUGAGGACUCUGACCUCUCCAACGAUGACGUCUUAGAGCGCUCUUCACAGAGAUCCAAGCGAGAGUCGAUUUACGUCCCACACGCCUUGGCAUUCAAGAGAUCAUACGCAUCAAAGAAAGCAUACACGGAGGAUGAGCUCAACGCCAAACUGACCAGGCGGGUGCAGAAAGCUGCUCGCCGUCAAGCCAAGCAGGAGGAGCUGAAGAGGUUACACAGGGCUCAGAUUAUCCAACGACAGCUGGAGCAAGUAGAAGAGAAGCAAAGGCAGCUGGAGGAGAGGGGAGUUGCUGUUGAGAAGGCUCUUAGGGGAGAAGCAGACUAUUGGGGAGAGUCUUAUUACAGUGACCUCAUCGACUUGCACCUGGGUGUUGAGCCCAAUGCCGGGACACCACGCCGUAGACCUCUCUCCUUCUGCCCUUGCUGUGCCCAUGAAGGCAUGGGGAAGAAGGACGACCCCAAGCUGAUGCAGGAGUGGUUCAAGCUGGUGCAAGAGAAGAAUGCCUUAGUGCGCUAUGAGUCGGAGCUCAUGAUAUUCGCUCGGGAGUUGGAGCUGGAGGACAGGCAAAGCCGACUACAGCAAGAACUUCGGGAGAGGAUGGCAGUGGAAGAUCACCUAAAGACAGAUGAAGAGUUGUCAGAAGAGAAAAGGAUCCUGAAUGAAAUGCUAGAGGUGGUGGAACAGAGAGAUUCUCUUGUGGCCCUCCUCGAAGAGCAGCGACUCCGGGAGAAGGAAGAAGACAAGGACCUAGAGGCAGUCAUGCUGUCCAAGGGAUUCAACUUAAACUGGUCCUGAGCUUAGCAGCGCACUCGUCUGCCGAUCUGCGUUGUCCAGUUGGCAUGUGCCAAGUUGGCUGGAGCUGCCUGGAUGGAUACCUUGGCAUAGAAACCUCUUGAAGGUUCUUGCAGCGCCUGAGUGCUUCUUCCUGAGAGGGGGUCGGAUCGAAAAGUGCUGAGGCCUUUAUGAGGCCUGCAAACCCCAAGCCUGAGGUGGUCAGCUGAGGUUGUGUGCCUUCCUCAAGGACCUGUGCAAAGAGGCCAUUGAGUUUUUGCGAUCUCUGAGAGAGGCUAAAAAAUGAGAUGAAAACAUUUUAUUUAAAAAAAAAAAAUACACCACAACUUUAACCAAUUCAGGUGGGCCGUAGCUUGUCCGUUUCAUAUUUACUUAGCUGGUUGUGUUCUUGUUUUUGUUUUGAAAUACAAAGGCGAGAAGUGGCUACUCUCUUCUGAAGCAUCACCCUGCAGCAGCCCAUGGGAGAGCAAACCACUCUGUACCCCAGAGCACACUGUGUGUAUGUUUAAGGUUUUCCUCACCAAAGAAGCCUGAAGCUGCCAUUAUUGUCUGGGUAUGGAGGAACCCUGAAUUCAGAGAGGACUGGAGACUUGGAAGGCUGGCUGACAUGAAAUACUUGCCCUGUGUGGUUUCUACAGAAGAUACAGGCUCCAGUGGACUAGCUCUCUUUGCUGCAGCCUCCACAAGUUGCCAUUGUUCUAAGAGGGGAAGAGUGUGUAAGCCACCCCCUUUCUGCCAUGCAGUGCUCUGGACUGAAAGUCACAGUUUUCCUGUCUCCAUUGACAGUAGACUGCUCUGUUGUGAACCUUGUGACAAUUUUGACACUGGAAAGUGCUGAUUUUGAAAAUGGGUUACUUAUGAAGCAGUUUGCGGGAACGCUUGGAUGAAACCCCUUGCUUCGAAUCCCCCAAGAAUGGACUCUCAAUGGGUUUUUGUUUUUUGCGUAUAUAUCUAUAUCUAUAGAUAUAUAUCUUUAUUAUUUUUUGCACGUUGGAAAUGAAGCAAAAGACCUACCCGGGCCCUUUAGUCACUUUAGACCCUUUAACGUCUAUUAACUUAUUUUUUAAUACUUGAAAGAUUUGGGUUUUAUACCUUUUUAAGAAGUGAGCAAAUGUUUGAGUGGUGAAUCUGUGUGCCUGCUGCAUUCCCCAACCUUUUUCUUUUGUUGUUCUUAUUUUUAAUUUGCUGUUCUCCCUUUCCCUGUACCUAUUUAUUAGAGUUCUAUUAAUGCUGUCACAGUUACACGCUACUUUUGAUGUGGAGAGGAGAUGCUUUUAUGUACUUUGGACUUGUCCCUGCACCACGUUGAGGGGCAACCCUAGGAAAUAUGCAGGCAGGGUUCCCAGGUAAGGUGUCUUCUCAAUUAAGCUGCAUCCUCACGAAGAGAGCUCACAAAGCUGAGUGGUGAUGGCAGACUUUGCUCCUGCACUCCAUACCCUCUGUUUCUGAAUGGCAAACCUGUGCUUAUUUUAACUACUGCUGUUUAAGGUUUUUGUAAUUAUAAUUGUGGCAUUGCCACUUUACCCCAUAUAUUUAAAAAAACCCACACAUGCUGGCUCUGUAAAAAUCUGCCUCCCAAGGGAAGGAUUAGCACAAGCCCCACUGGUUUUGUCCUAGGCCUUCAUUCAGUUGGCUCAGAAAAAGGUCUUACAGUACAGUAGCAAAUAGGAAAUAACACAGAAUAGACUCUUGUCUAUAACCAGCUGAGAGGUUCCAUAAGCACACCAUGUCUUUCACAAUAACUUUCUCAAAAGUGCCGACCUGCCACAACAGAAUUUUCCAUUCGCAUUUUUUAGCUCCAGUUGGGCUUAGUUUAAAGAAAGAAAGCUGUAGUUCUAGUCUCCUAACAAAGUGGACUAUUUUUUUAAUUAACUUUUUUUAGGGAAGCAGUCAUCCCAAGAAAAAGGCAUGUCCUUUAAAGCAGCCACCAUCUUAUCUCUAGGUUUCAAAACAGGAAAUGCUGUGCUUUCAAAACAGGAAAGACUAGAAAGAAAAAAUGGGGAAAGGUUUUAAAACACCCAUCCACUUCCUUGUUUAAUAAAAUGUCAGUACUGAUGACGCUGAACAGAAAGCUGUUGAAGCAACAGCAUGUGUUGAAAUGUAGUGUCAGAAGAUUUUAUGCCAAAGGGGUACCAUGCCUGGCAUUUGUUGAAUAUUAAGAUAUUGAAAGAUUGUGAUGCUACACUGGCAGAAUUCAUACCACAGUCCCAGAACAAGCAGCACUCGUGUGUUCAUGGUUCAUGAGACUUGGGGGGGGGGGGGGUUUCACUAGGACUGGUGUUUAUUUGUAGCUUUCAAAAUGGGGGGGGGGACUAAUCUCUGGCUUCCCUAAUAUUACUGGACUACAAUUCUCAUAAUCCCUGACUACUGAGCAUGCUGGAUGGGGCUGAUGGGAGUCCAAUGGGAGUAGAAGGUUAGCCACCCCUAAUUGAGGAAGAAAAAGAACAUAUAACUUCAGUUGUCUCAGACAGCAUCUUUGACAUCCAUAGAGACCAGCAGGGGAGUGUAUGGCAAAAUGAAAGUUAAGCUCCCCUUCGUUUAGGAUGGAGCUAGAAUUCAUUUGUUAAAAUUUGGUGUCUAGCCACAUGAAAGAGGCAAAUCGGAAUUUGCAUUAAUUAUUUCUGCUGUGCCUGGUCCAAUUUAUAAUGGAACUGAGAAAAUGGAUUGUUCUGUAAAGUGGUCAUAAUUGAACUCACUUCUAUCUGUUCUUUGAAUUUUUUCACUGUAGGAAAACGUUGACGCGCUAAGCUUUUUCCUAAGCUGCCUACAGCUGCAUGUGGAAUGAGAGUAGAACAGUCUGUCUGAGAAAGUGGAAGGGAAAGUCCUUUCCAGCUCCAGUGCAGCUGUGUAGCUCUGCCUCUAGUUAGCCCAGACUUCUUUUGGGCAGCUAAGACUCCCUUGUCACUAGAACUGCAGAGAGAGGAGAGGGGUUUUUAGAGCCCAUGACAGCACCAGCAGCAUUAAUCAUAUUUCCUCUUCCACUCUUAACAUUUCCUGUAAUAUGUUGUGUUGAUUGUGCUUGAUCCUGCUGUCAGUCAAGAGGUUUCUUUAAAUGCAGUGUCUGGCCCUCCUUUUAUGACACGGUGCUAAUGCAGAAGUAACAAGCACACCUGCUGCAUCCUCUGGGUUUUUAAUCUGUUUUUUAAAAUACAUCCAGGUCAAAGGCAUUUUAGAGCAUCAACAAAUAUAUCCAGAGUUGCAUGCCCCAGUAGCACAAAUUCUUUUUACGGCAAAAAAAAAAAAAAAAGGUUGAUACCCUCCCCGCAAGGUUUUAAGAAAACGUAUUUAACAGAAUGUUUACAUUUGGGCCCUGAGACGAAAGUGGUGUAUUAGUUUUCCAACCUCAUGUUUAAAAAAGAAAAUGCUGUGAUUGUUUGCAAUAAAAAUGUACCACGAAACAGUCUGUUUGAUAUGAAGAGGUAGAGGAGGGUAUUUCUCUCUCGAUGCAUGAUAAGAGGACAGAAGGCUUCCAAAGAAUUGCUGCCUUCGAGAGCACUAGCAGUGGAGCUUCAUAAGCAAGGAAGGUAGAUGAGAAUGUCACUAAAGCUAUUGGAGGAAGGGAUGUCAUGUUUUGAUGGCAUUGCAGUAAUUUAAUUUUAUACAUAUAUAUAUAUAUAAAGAAGUAUGUAUGUGAAACAACCCUGUCCCAAGGAACUGUGGUAUCUUCCCCUUGGGACAGGUGGGAACUCUGAUAUUCAGACUGUUUUAUUGUUGGCGUGUGUGCAGUGUAACAGGAAAUUGUGUACCGUACCUGUUUUCAUGUCUAAAACAUCCCAACCCCUGUUUUACUUCCUAUUUUUGGUUGCAUUUCAUUCUGUACGUUCUUAUGCACACUUGCUUUGUUGGUGUUGAGAGUUUAGCACCUCAGGUCACCAACGUAACUAAAAAAAAAUAAAAAAAAAUAAAGUCAUUAAUUUUUUCUUA